AUGAGUGUAAAAAAAGCAAGUUCGAAGGCUUCAGUGCCCAAAUUGAGCAAGAAGGACGAAAAGAAGGUGAAGAGCAGAGAAGAGUCUAGCUCAGACUCAGACUCUAGCUCGGGGUCUGGUUCUAGUUCUAGUUCUAGUUCUGAAUCUGAAUCUAGCUCCAGCUCAGAAUCCGAUUCCGAUUCUGAUUCUAGCUCUAGUUCUGGCUCUAGCUCGAGCUCAGACUCAGACUCAGACUCAGACUCUAGCUCUAGCUCUAGCUCUGGCUCUAGUUCAGACUCGGACUCGGACUCUAGUUCCAGCUCCAGCUCCAGCUCCAGCGAAUCAGAAUCGGAUUCUGAUUCUGAGGAAACCACUGAAAAGAAGGAAGUGAAGAAGGAAGAGAAGAAGGAAGAGAAGAAGGACGAAGAGUCUAGCUCAGAUUCUGACUCUAGCUCCAGUUCCAGCUCAGACUCGGAUUCUGACUCUAGCUCCAGUUCCAGCUCAGACUCGGAUUCUGACUCUAGCUCUAGCUCUAGCUCCAGCUCCAGCUCCAGCUCAGACUCUGAUUCCGACUCAGACUCAGACUCAGACUCCGACUCAGAUUCUAGCUCCAGCUCUAGCUCCAGUUCUGAUUCCGACUCAGACUCCGAAUCUAGCUCUAGCUCCAGCUCAGACUCAGAUUCCGAUUCCGACUCAGACUCUAGUUCCAGUUCCAGCUCCAGUUCUGAUUCCGACUCAGACUCAGACUCAGACUCAGACUCCAGCUCAGACUCAGACUCAGACUCAGACUCAGACUCAGAUUCUAGCUCCAGCUCCAGCUCCAGCUCGGACUCCAGCUCAGACUCUGACUCCGACUCCGAUUCUGAGGCCGCAGAAAACUCCAAAAAGAGAACACACGACCAACAAGAGUCCCCAAUAACUUCCGCCUCCUCCUCCAACGAAUCCUCCUCCUCCAAGGAAUCCUCCCCAGAAGAACCACCAAGAAAGAAGAAGCCCAUCCCAGCCGGCAAAGACGAAAUCAAACCAGGCCAAAGAAAACACUUCUCCAGAAUCGAAAGGGAAAAAAUCCAAUUCGAAGACGAAACCCUAACCGACAACACCUACAAGGGCGCCGCAGGUACCUGGGGUGAAAUGGCAAACGAAAAGUUGAGCCGAGUCAGAGGUAAGGACUUUGUCAAAAACAAAAACAAAAUGAAGAGAGGCUCUUACAGAGGCGGUUCCAUCACAAUGGCCACCGGUUCCUACAAAUUUACCGAUUGA